GGUAACAAUUUAAACACAAUCAGCAUCCCACUUAAAAUUAGGACAUUUUUAUCAAACAAGAUCAGGUCUAAAUUUCAAGUUAAAAUAUCUGAACAAGUAGAAGAACUUGCACAAUGUCAAUUACUGAUGAGAGAGUGACAAUAAAGAGUGUGGAUAUGACAGACGAUAUGCAGCGUGACGCUGUAGACUUGGCCAGUCAGGCUAUACAGAAAUACACAGUGGAAAAAGACAUAGCGUCCUAUAUAAAGAAGGAGUUUGACAGAAAGUACAGCCCGACUUGGCACUGUGUCGUGGGUAGAAGCUUCGGCAGUUACGUCACUCAUGAGGUUCGGAACUUCAUAUACUUCUACUUCGGUCAGGUGGCUGUUCUACUGUUUAAGAGUGGUUGAGCAAAGUUAGCCACAGCUCAACACUAGUAUUUGAGAAUACAUUUUUACAAACUAAAGAAGGCUAAUAAUU